UGAACGUAGAGGGCGACUGACUCAAUGUCAGUCGCGAUUCUGGCGGCUCGCAGCUGGACGUGUUUUGCUCGAGGCUCAAGACCUUUAAACCCGGUACCAUCGGGUUGGGGAAUAUCCGAAGAUUAAUAUGAGAAGUGGAAAAUGCUCAUAGCAGGUUUGAUAUACGGUAGAGGAUGAGAGAGGUUAGCUCUCCACGUUGUAAGGUUUUGUUUUGCAUUGGAAAUAUAACGAAGGUUUGGGAUUGCAUUAGGUGGGGUCUCGCUUCCGUUGAGGCCCGUAUACCCGUUUUAGGAAUGCUCUUUGUGUUUGUCGCAAAGAUUUCUGGGCAAAGUCAGGUUCCGCUUUGCUGGCAUUGUGCUAGGGUAGUGUUAUGCAAAUCCGAGUAUUUAUGCGUGACGAAUCCAUGGAAUUCGUUGGGAUACUCGAGGUGGGGCUUUGUGUUAAGCCGAGAAGAACUUUAUGCAUCAGUGCUCAGCACUUCAUGGCUUUGCGUAUCAGGGUGUGCUCUAGCUUGUAGUUUAAAUUCGAUUGCGUUCCCCGGGCUUUCCUAUAACCUAAAUUUUGAACGGUUUUAACGUCCUAUCUUUGCGAUAAUGGAGAAUAUGUUCGAUCAAGUCGAGGAGAACGCAGGAGCUUAUGCGGAAAUCGCCAAUGAGGGUGCCGGCCCUCUUUUCCGCGGGCUGUGUGCCACAUUUAAGAUCUCGAAGAAGUACUUCGAGGCUCUCAUCGCAGACGGUUGGGAUGACCCAGAACAAUUCCAGGAUUUGUCCCCCGAGUGGCGAGACCACAUCCUUGCCCUGGCCCCUAACGGAGGGCAGAAGCGUAACGUGGAGAAGCUCUUUGACCGGGUGGAAGCCGGGCCUCUCAGCGGCCCCGCCCCCAAGAAACGUCGGGUGCAGCCCAGCGCAUCCUCUGACGACGGGAAGGACAAAGCGGGUCCGAGUGGUAUUUCCACCGUGGAGGCAGGGCCGAGUCAGGUUGCAGCGGCUGCCAACCAGGGAUCCGGUUCGACGUCCUCUCAGGCCAAGUCUGCGCUUGAGGUGCACAAGCCUAGGCGGCUCGAGUUGCUUAAAGCAUGUUUGGAGACGGGCUACGAUCGAAACGUAGCGUAUGUGAUGUCUCUGCUCAGAAGCUAUGUCGACGAGUUUGCACCUUUGUCAACAGAAGAUAUGAAGGAACAGCAGUUGUACGUCAAUCUGUUGUCAGAUUGUACAAAGCACGUUCAGGCCAAGACACCGGGCAUAGCAAUGUAUAUAUACAAGUCCAUUACAGGAGAAGACUCCGAUAAGCGGCUGCGCUUUUCCAGAAAGCACCUGGGCCUCAGCGCGCCCCCAUCUGAGUUAAAAGCUCAAUCAUCAGCCAGUCAAGGUUUCUUGAAUAGGCCCGCUAGACAACCGCUGCGCUUCAGGGGAGAUCUUCGUCAGCCUCGUCAGGGCCAAUUUUCACGAGGGCCUAGGGAGAGAGACGUGUGCUUCAGAUGCCGCAGGAAGGGCCACUAUGCACGGGACUGCAAAGAAAUAGUUUAGAGGCAUGUUUGACAUGCUGGCGACUCAUUUCACGGUCAAAGAGACUUUGGUGGUGGGAUGUAGUCGAGUAAUCUUAAUAUACUUCUUCAUUUUGAGCAUUUAAGUUUGUAGCAGUGAUAUGAUGUUAUUUACGGAAUUAUGUUUUAAUAAGUACUUGUUAGGUAGCUGUCGGCUCAGGGACGGCAUUUGCAUGUUAUAAUGGGCGUAUGCGUGGGCGUAUGCAAGGGCCUCAAUGGGGGAUAAGUUGAUGCAAGAGCUGAAUGCAGGAAACGGGGUUUCAGAGGGUUUCAGAUGGUACUUUUCCCAGUAGGGAAAGUGUUGCGAUAUUUGAUGUAUCGAGUUUACCAUGUUUGACAUUGUAUCUAUACUUGCAAGAAAUAAAUUAUGAAACGACUGUAUGGUCGGCUUGAAAAUGUUACAAUGAUUGUAUAACCCCAGUGCCCGAGUUUAGGCCUAGUGCUCUUUAUGAUUCAAUUUAGGAAUACAAGAGGUAUCUGCAGAUUCUCGGGAAGCAUAAGUGGGAGCGUUCGUCGGCGCAUCUCUUUGAUCCUGAAGGCGCUCAGACAAACAGGCGCGAGAGGGGUGUUUGCUCUUGGGUGGACAUAGCGGGAAAGGCUGCCUCAUUUCCAGAUGGAUCCGCCCCGAGUCCGGCAGAUGUUUUAUCCGGAGAAAGUGUGCCAAACUUUGAUGCGCUCCGCUUCCGUGACCCAAAUAUGUUUGUAGCGGGAGGUCUGCAUGAUCAACCAGAGUUAUGGGAAGAUGUAUUGAAAGAAUGCCCGGCCAAC